AUGGAGACUAUGAAGGAAUUAGCUGUUAAUGUGAAUGGAAAAGGUGCAAUGCAAUUAAUCACAACACUAGAACCAUUCAAGCAUCAUCAUCAUCAUGAUGAGUCUGUGUCUCGUAAUCAAGAUCUUAUCAUUACUAGUGGAGAAGAUGGUGUUUUAUUUGUCACGGAUCUCAAGACAGAAAAGGUCAUUUGUCAGUCUGAAAUAUGUGAUGGAUUUCUUCCAUCCUUUGCGAUUCCACCCGAUCAAACGCACGUAUUCAUUGUAUCCGAUGAGGAGUGUCAUGUCGCAUCCUAUACGUUCUUACCAACGUGUGAAUUGGAUCAACUCGUACGUCGAUCGACGGUUUCAAUCCGUCAAGUGACGUGUUCGUCCAAGUUUAUUGCAAUUGCAGAUGAAGAACCGGUUGUGAGAGUCUUAUUACGUAGUAAUAUGGAACACAUGAUAGUUGCAAAAGGAGGGGCUACUACUGGUGGCACUAUCAAGAGUAUUGUACUCGAUCCCGAUGACAACUACCUAUGUGUCAGUAGUGAAGAUGCAACAGUACGAGUGUUUGAAUUAAAUGCCCUUGCAGAGUCUGCAGUGGAAGUAAAGUGUUUUAACAUCAAGCAUGGAGAUAUAAGACAUGAUGAUGUCUUACUACAGUGUGCUUGGCAGUCAGGAGGUACUGAUACAGUACUAGCUGUACCGAUGGAUAAAGGCAUUAUCGAGCUAUUUGAAAAAAAUACAUGGGUCUCGAAAGGUAAACUUAUGUUACCAAUUGGCAAAAGUAUUGCUGCGGAUGUGGAUAUACUUGCCUUCUCGCCAAAUGGACAGUACCUAGCAGCUGCUACGUGUGGAAAAGAGGUGUUUGUCUGGAAAUUAGAGACACGGACAGUCUUGCGCUCGUUCAAGAUUGAUUAUCCGGCAUUAGGUGUUCAAUUUGCAAACAAGUCGAAUGCACUGGUAGUCUAUCACCUUGGUGGCAAGCUGGCUUUUGUUAAGGACGUGGUCCCGGCGGGACACACGCCACCCCAGCAUAUAAUGGGACAGUCGAUUGCUGCAAGCACAUCAAGUAAGAUCUCGAAGUUGGGAACGAAGGACCUGAAAGCGUCAGCACUUGGAGAUGAAAAGGCUGAGGCGGAUGGAAAGCACAAAGAGGAAGAUGAAGUAAGUUUUGAUGAUGAUGAUAACGAUGCACGAGUAGAGGCCAUCAAAGCCAGUUUCGGGUUUGGCUCGGCUGCAAACGCCACUGGCGACGACCGAAUUGACGACCAAGAUAUUUCAGCGUCAGCUCUGCCAACUGUGAAAUCGUCGCACGAUGCGUAUUCCCCAUUGCGCACCAUUAUAGAACCAUUCCAGCCUGGUAGUACGUUGGACGCAACAGAACGUAGCAGCAAUGCUACCUCAUUGCUAGCUUGGACUCCAGAGGGUGAGAUUGAGGUGAUUCGAGGAGCAAGUAUGAGUGAAAACUUAGUAAAGGUGGAGUUUGCUGACAAGUCUCGUCGAGGAUUCAAGCUCAAUGAUAACUACAUGUUUUCGAUGGCAUUUCUGGACGACUACGGAGCCAUUUUUGCUGUCCCGCGACGCACUCGUGAGGACUGGGAAGACCUUGCAGCGGGCACCGACGAGAGCGACGUUAUCAGCAGCUUUAUUUUCUACCGUCCGUUUGAGUCUUGGGCGAGCAACAGCUCGUGGCACAAGAGGUUGCCUGAUGGUGAGGAUGCAGAAUGCGUUGCUGCAGGUCGUGAGUUUUGUGCGGUGACCACCUCGUUGCAUACUCUUCGGAUCUACACGUCAAGCGGCAUCGACUAUGUGCUACUGCGAUUGUCUGGUCGCAUCGUGACAAUGACAGCAAAAGAAACUUUGCUGGCUGUUGUGUACCAUGGACUAUAUGGAGAAAUGCUUUACCAGCUUCUUCGCAUUCAGGUGGACUCGUCAUGUGAACGCGUUGUGUUGGUCUCGAAGGGCCAGCUACCCAUGACGCCUCCACCUCGGAAUGUAUUCGCGUCGCACAAGGAGAAUGAAACAAUGCGCGAAGACAUAUCAAACUGGUCGAAGCUUACAUGGAUCGGUUUUGAUGACCGCCAGAUUCUAUAUGCGGUGGACUCGUUCUCGUGUAUCCAGGCACUAUCACCCAGCACCGGAUGGAACUGGUUCCCUAUCGGCUGUGUUGGCAACGCGUUGCAGAAGAAGCCGGAGGACCGUCACGGCGUUUUCACACUUGGCGUGGUUAACGACUCGUUGCUCUAUUUCCCGCUCGAAAAUGGCGCUCGAGCUCCGAAGCUUCGUGGUAAUCAUCGUCCAGUACCUCGUGCGUUUCCGUUGCGCACAGCGUCUUUCCCAAAUACGUUAAAGACGAAUGAAGACGCCUGGAAUGGUCACAUGUGGCAGAAUGUACGGCUAUGUGGACUUGAGGCAGUCGCGAAUAAUGUGCAUGCUGGUAAUGUUGCGGACCAAGUAGUCCAUGAACAGGCUGAAAUGGACAAGGCACUCAUUUUGAUGAUGAAGACGGCUUGCUCGAAUGACGAGCCUGCACGAGUGUUGGGCUUGGCAAAGUGUCUACAUCUGGAGAAAUCACACUUGAUUGCACAGAAACUUGCUAUUCACUUCUCUCUACGGCAGCUACAGUCACAACUAUACGAGCUGUACCGCGUUAAGUUUGAACAGCCCCAGCGCUUCGAGCAAGAGUCAGUAAUACAAGCUUCUUCUCAGCCUCGUCAACAGCCAGCUGCGUUCCACCCUAGCACAAUGGAAGACAUGCCCAAGUCACGAGAAGUGGAGCCUCUCAGUCGUGCUCGCAGUAUUUUGUCGCGACCGGCGUCUACACCUCCUCGUGACGAACUCGAUGACAAAGAAACUGCCUCUGCCGACGAGACCCAAGAAACCAAGGCCUUAGCUUCACCGAAGGCUGCUUCCACAAAGGAAAGUGCUGCACGCGUAGAGCGGUCAGUGGCACCGGCGAAUCCGUUUCUCAAGAGACCUGGCGGUUCUUUGGCAUCACCCUCGGGCAGCAAGAAGACUGGCCUGCAGCGUUUGGCCAAGUUUACGUCGCCUUCACCAUCCAAGAAGCAGCGUCGAUCGACAUGGAAGAAAUGA